AUGCGGGAAGGGGUUAUGAAUCGCCGGGUCGCGAUCGGGAAGGACGAUCGCUCGGGCUCCGUCAAGAUUAUUGAGGACCCAUGGGUCAAGGGGGCGGUUCUGCAAGAUGAUGAGCCUCUAAAUCUAAGUGUGUACCGCGAACGCUCGACAUAUGCCAAUGUGCAUCUUGGUCUGCACGGAGGACAAUAG